AAUCCCCCCCCCCCCGGUUGCCUCGUAAGAUAAUUGACAGCUGUCAAUCAAGUCAAAUUCUACCAUACUACCCUUCUGAGAACACAUGUUGCAUUUCAUGCAGUUUGGCACCAUUUCCACGGCUCAGGGCGACGGGAUCCCGGGAGCCGAAGACCUUGGGAAACUGCAGAUCCCGGGACCCCGUAACCGAGGGACGGUGACAUAGAUGCGGGACACACGGUUUUCUCUAUCAGUAUAUAUAUAUAUAUAUAUAUAGAUAGAUAGAUCUCUAUGUCUAUUUCCAACCCUACUUUGUGCCGCCGUCUCCUCCUUCUUUCCUUCCUUCUUUCCUUCCUUCCUUCCUUCCUUCCUUCCUUCCUUCCUUCCUUCCUUCCUUCCUUCCUUCCUUCCUUCCUUCCCGUCCGCACUGCCCGCUUCUUCCUUGUUCCUGCCGCUCCUCCUCGUCCCGUCCGCAUUUCCUCUCGUUCUUGUUUCGGCAGAGACACACCUUGGGUUUUGUUCUGUUGUUUUGACCGUCAGAAAUAUUGUGACAUAUUGUACAAAGGUAUUUUACCCUAUUUAUAUACUGUAAUGUUAUUGUUAAAUAAAAAAAACGUAUUGGAGUGAGCGCCGUUCUUAGAAUCUUCUUCUCUGGAGGCUGGAUGGCCAUCUGUCGGGAGGGCUCGGGUGGUGCCUCCUGUUAAAUUAGAUUGGGGGCGGACCAGAUGGCCUUUACGGGUUUACAUAGUACUCCAAACUAUAACUCCCAGUGCAAUAGAAUCCCGGGAGUUGUGGUUUUGCAAGGGCCUUUGCCUUAAGUAAGUUGCAUCUGCAUUUUCGAAUGAAUGCAGCUUGGCGCCACCCUUGCAAUGGCUCGGUGCAAUAGAAUCUCGAGAGUUGUAGUUUUUGCAGGGGCCUUCACCUUAAAUAAGUAUAAGUGGCAUCUACACUGGGCCAGUGCAAUGGGAUCCUGGGAGUUGCAGUUUUUGCAAGGGCCUUUGCCUUAGGUUGCAUCUACUUUCAGAUGAAUGCAGCGUAGUGCUAUGCUUUAAAUGCAAUGGCUCUGUGCAUGCUACGGAUUCCCGGGAGUUGUAGUUUUUGCAAGGGCCUUUGCCUUAGGUUGCAUCUACUUUCGCUUUAAAUGCAAUGGCUCUGAAUUCCCGGGAGUUGUAGUUUUUGCAAGGUCCUUUGCUUGGGGCGAAACAAAUGCCGUGUGGCGCCUUGUUCAUUGCAAUGUCUCAGUGCAAAGGGAUCCUGGGAGUUCUAGUUUGCACUCCACGUGUGGCUCAAGACCUUGGGAGACUAAAACUGCCAUGGCAUGGAGCCAAGUGUGGUUUAAAGCAGUGCGGAUGCUCCUUUGCAAGACUGGAAAUCCCAGGAGGCCUCUUCUCUGGUGUUUGUCACCCGCUUCCUGAGUCGGCGGGCCGGCCGCGCAAGCUUCGUGUGACUUUGCGACCGCACCGCCUGCGCCACUUCCUCAUGCGCCCAGGCCUCGCCGCUCUGCUCACAUUUUGCAGAAAUCUGCUCCGUUUUAUCACUUUCUUUCUGCAAAACUUUUUGUUUUCUCGCGGAAAAAAAAAACCAAACCAAAAUCGUCCCCCUUUUGUCCUUGGAGAUCUACAGAUCCCGAAUCGAUCUCAUAAGAAACCUCUUUGGAAAAUAAAUCUGGAGAGUCAAAGAAGAGCGGCCGUUCUAUGGCUUCCUGACAUGCCGAGGAGGAAGCGGGUGGCACGGUUCGCCUUUUUCUUGCCAACCAAAAAAUAAGGCAUUUUUCGAAAAUAUAAUUAUCUGUUUUUCCAUCCUAAGAAGGGUCUCGGAUUUGUGGACUAUGUCUCUCAAGCUGCCGCGGAGCUGGGAUUUCGGCCUGCGAAUGGACAAAAUAGGUAUGUUGUGGCCCUUGAAAUGGCGCCAGAACCACAAGAGAUGCAUUUUUGCAAAGCUAUUUUUCCUCCUUUGCCUCCAAACGAAGUGGCGUCAAACUGCAUUAAUUCUACAGUGUAGAUGCACCCUAGGCAGCCUUUUUUUUUUUUUGCCCCAUCUUCACUUGCUAGGCUCUUUGUGUUUAGAAAUAUGUGUGUUGAGUUCUAUUGGAAUAUUUUAAAUUUCAUGAGCUUGCCUUGUUUUUAAUGUUGUAAGUUGCUUUGGGGCAGAGAGGGAAUAAUUAAUAAUAAUAAUAAUAAUAAUAAUAAUAAUGAUGAUGAUGAUGCUCGGGAAGUGUUCGACUUGUAAUUUUGUGAUAUGAAAUCCAGCAUGUCUAUCAUGUUUUCUGUGUCAUACAAUAAAAUAAUAAUAAUAAUAACAAUAAUAAUAAUACGAAAUCCAGCAUAUCUAUCUUGUUUGUUGUGUCAUACAAUAAAAUAAUAAUAAUAACAAUAAUAAUAAUACGAAAUCCAGCAUAUCUAUCUUGUUUGCUGUGUCAUACAAUAAAAUAAUAAUAAUAAUAAUAAUAAUAAUAAUAAUAAUAAUAAUAAUAAUAAUAAUGUGAUGAUUGGAGUCAAUGCAGGGAAGGAAUAAUGCUAAAGAGGAGGAGGAGAUGAUGAUGAUGAUAGCUGCUUGGGGUAUCAAUGCAGAGGGAAUAAUUAUAAUAAUAAUAUGAUGAUGAUCAUCAUCAUGAUAGCUGCUUGGGGUCUCAAUGCAGAGGGAAAAUUAUAAUGCUAAUAAUAAUAAUAAUAAUAAUAAUAAUAAUAAUAAUAAUGUGAUGAUGAUAGCUGCUUGGGGUCUCAAUGCAGAGAAAUAAUAAUAAUAAUAAUAAUAAUAAUAAUAAUAAUAAUAAUAAAUAAGAUGAUGAUGACGACGACAGCUGGUUGGGGUCUUAUUGUAGAGAGGGAAUAAUAAUAAUAAUAAUAAUAAUAAUAAUAAUAAUAAUAAUAAGAUUAUAAUGAUGAUGACAGCUGGUUGGGGUCUUAUUGUAGAGAGGGAAUAAUAAUAAUAAUAAUAAUAAUAAUAAUAAUAAUAAUAAUAAUAUAAGAUUAUAGUGAUGAUGACAGCUGGUUGGGGUCUUAUUGUAGAGAGGGAAUAACAAUAAUAAUAAUAAUAUGAUGAUGAUGAUGAUGAUGAUGACGAUGAUAGCUGGUUGGGAUCUUAAUGCAGAGAAAAACAACAAUAGCACCUGCUUUGGGUCUUGAUCCAAAUAAUAAUAAUAAUAACAACAACAAAAAUACAUGGCUGCUUUGCAUCUCCUUUGAGAGAGAUAAAGUUGGGUAUAAAUAAAAACAAUAACAAUAAUAAUAGAUACAUAGCUGCUUUGAGUCUCCUUCGAGAGAUUAAGUGGGGAAUAAUAAUAAUAAUAAUCACUGCCUUUAAUAAGUAAUUUUGCUUUCUUUUUGUCUUUGCAAACGCCUCCCGCCCCCGCAGUGAAAAGGAAGUCCCUUUGCAACCUAAUCUCUGCCAUCAUUUCCUUUAAAUUCACAAAUAGCUUGCUGCGUUCACCAAAAAAAAAAUCCUCAUUUGUUUGAGAAAUUUUCCUCCCUGAGAGGCAGGCCUGGGCUGCAUGGGUCUGCAUUGCAUUGCAAAGCGCCCCACUUUGCAAGGGACUUUUUGGGUGCGGUCGCAGAGCGUGAUGGCGCUGGAGGCGAAGGGCCCGGUGGCCCCGGGGCCCCUCAAGGCCGGCUGGCUGAAGAAGCAGCGCUCCAUCGUCCGCAACUGGCAGCAGCGGUACUUCGUCCUCCAAGGGCCACACCUCUACUACUUCAAGGACCAGGACGACCUCAAGCCCCAGGGCCUGGUGCAUCUGCAGGGCAGCAGCAUCCGAGAAGUGGCCUCUUCCUCCGACGAAGCCGGGAAAUUCAUCUUUGAAAUCAUCCCAGGGAUUUCGGGGGACCCGAGUCGGGCCGGGCCGGACUCCUGUGUCCUGAUGGCCGCCUCCCAGUCCGACCUGGACGAGUGGGUCAAGCUCCUCCGCCGGGCGGUUGGCUCUGCCUUGGGAGUGGUUUUCGGUCAGCAGUUGGCGGAGACCAUGGCCUAUGAGCAGCGCUUUGGGCCGCAUCUCGUCCCCAUCUUGGUGGAGAAAUGCGCGGGAUUCAUCCGCGACCACGGCCUCCGCGAAGAAGGGAUUUUCCGUCUUCCCGGGCAAGACAACCUGGUGAAGCAACUCCGGGAUGCCUUCGACGCCGGGGAGAGGCCCUCCUUCGGCCAGGAUACGGACGUGCACACCGUGGCCUCUCUGCUCAAGCUCUACCUGCGGGAACUUCCGGAACCGGUCGUCCCUCGUUCGCAAUACGAAGACUUCCUUCUGUGCGGACAGAUUCUGGCGGCAAACGAGACCAAGGGUGGCCAACUGUUGGUGAAGCAGCUAGGUCUUCUACCCCGAGACAAUUACAACCUCCUCAGCUACAUCUGCAGGUUCCUGCACGAAAUCGAUCUCUGCUCGGCGACCAACAAGAUGAGCGUGGAGAACCUGGCCACGGUCUUUGGGGUCAACCUCAUCCGGCCCAAAGUGGAGGACCCAGUGACCAUCAUGAAAGGGACCCCCCAGAUCCAGAGGGUCGUGGCGGCCCUGAUCCGUGGGCACGAGCGCUUCUUCCCGCCUUCCAAGGACCAGAGGCCUCCUCUGCCGCAACAAGCCAACGACCCCGCGAAGAACCCGGGGCCUCGAAACGCGGUCGGGUGGGACGCCGUCCCCUUCCCCGCGGCCUCCGGGAGCGGGACCCUUUGGGAAGCGAGAGACGAUGGAGAACCCUCCGGGAGAGGCCCUUCCGCGGAAGGCCACGGGGAACUGCCGGCCAGGGCGGCUCCGGAGCCCCGGAAGCGGACGCAGACGCUUCCCAACCGGAAAUGCUUUGGGACCGUUCCGGGCUUGGGCGAAAACGACAUUUUCCGGAGCAGCUUCUGGACCUCGUCCUCGUCCUUGGCGCAGCUCCAUCCCGUUCCUUCCUCCGCUGGACGGAGCCACAAGCGGACCUCCUCCCACGGCCUCUCCAGGCUCCUGCAUUUGCCCCACGCGGAAAACCCUUCCGCGCAGGAAACCGGGAAGCCGGUCCGAGAAGCAGAGCGGCCUCUGACCCCGGGAAGCCAUUAUGACCCCGGAAAGGGUCCCGAUCCAGAUCCGGAGCAAAACGGGUCCCCAGAUCCCCCUCCUAAUCCGGAUCGAGACUUUUGCGACUCGGAGGAUCCUGACUCUCUUCGGAAGAGGAUCACGGAGUUGGAAAGGGAGUUGGAGGCGCAGAAGAAGGACUACGAGGAGCAAAUGGCAAGCCUGGAGAAGGAGAACUACGAGGUCUGGGCCAAACUGGUGCGGCUCAAGGAAGAACUCGAGAAGGAAAAGGCUCGAUCGGCCGAAACGGAGCGGACGCUGCAAGAGGUCCGGGGUUCGAGGGACGACUUGGAGAAGACCAACCGGCUCCUGGAGGAGUCCUUGAAGGCCGUGAUCCGGUCGGGAAAGAACCACUGAAAUGGAGGAACCAAACAAAACAAGACGUUUCCAAAUUUCCACCUUCCCCAGGCAGCAGCUUUCGUUCCUUGCAGGAAUCGUCCCAAUGGGAGACAUAGUUUGGUGCGAACGGAAGGGACGUUUCCUUGACUUGCCAAAAUCCAGGACAUGGAGUAAUAUGAACGGAAGGACGGCUCGUUCGUUAAAGGAACGGGAUUCCGAAUGCACGGGAAACCCAACUAGGGAGAAUGCAAUCGCAGGGAGGUGCGUUUUGGCCACGUGGUUUGCCACGGGGCGCUUUCUGUGUCCGAUUGCAAUUCUGCCAUGAACGGAAAAGGAAAGACGGAGGAAUGAAACGCACAAAAGGAAACAGAAACGCACCUCGAGAUGCUCCGUGGAGGGUGCCUCAGGGUUUAUUAAAAAAAAAGGUCUGGUGCA